GUAAAUCUACUAGCAUCUAUAUAUAUAUCAUGGGAAUUGGGAUUGUCUUGAAUUGGAAUAUAGGCACAUUAUCAAACCACCUUGGGUUACAAGUCUUUGAGCAAAGAAAGACUAGAAAGCAGUACAGAAAAAGAGGAAGAAGAUGCCUUGCCUUUACAUCACCACUAAUCUUAACUUAGAUGGAGUUGACACGGAUCCCAUCUUUUCUGAAGCCACCACUGCGGUCUCCACAAUCAUUGGUAAACCCAAAAAGUUUGUGAUGGUCCUAUUGAAGUCGUCAGUGCCAAUGUCAUUUGAGGGUAACAAAGAACCAGCUGCGUAUGCUGAGGUAAUUUCAAUGGGUGGCAUAAAUUCAGAAGUGAAGAGGAAACUGAUUGCUACCAUUGGCACCAUAUUGCAGACUUGGCUCUCAAUCCCAAGAACUCGUUUUUUCCUCAAAGUCUUUGACACUACUGUAUUUCGUUCUAACUCCAAAAUGUAAUGCUUUGAGAUUCUGUCAAGCCACAAGAUUAUGCUCUUAUAUCAAUGUGUUUUUAACUAAUUGUAUUAUAGUUAUCAUA